GGGAGACAAAUACGAUUAUUAUGAAGCCAUUAAAAAUUGACGUGAGGUUUAAUUACUUUUUUCAUAAACCAAGGUCAUUUUUAUAUACAAACGUUAAGUAUUAUCACAGCUCUUGUGGAUACAGCUCGGAAAGGUUCGCUGUGAUUGGCUUAUCAGUUUAUCAAAUAAACCGUUUAGUAUUAACUUACGGUUUACCCGCAAUCGUGUUUGUACAACCAUAAAAUAUUUACUACGAUUGUCCCCGCGUGCUAUUGAACAUUAUUUUAUUUUAAAAGAAAACAAAGGAAUCACCAGUCUCAUGCGAGAAAUCUGCAUAACUUACACUGUUGCUUACUAACAGAUUGAAAAUACAAAAUAGACUUUAUCUUAAACGUUAUUCUAACUGAAAAAACGUGCUUUUGGAAAUGUGUUUAUGUGCUAUUUCGUAUUUUUUUGAAGUGUAAACGUGUUUAAAAAUUGAUAAAAAUGAGUAAAGAGGAAAAACAAGAAGAAUAUAAUCCAUAUGAACACAGAGUAGUUGAAAAGCCAAGUUCAGACGUCAGAGCUACAGCUAAUAUAGUUAAAGCCUCUCUUGGCUCGGGGCUAUUGGCUGGCCCAUUAGCAUUUGCCAACUCUGGAUGGGGCAUAGGCUUACUUGGCACGUUUCUGGUCGGCCUUAUAUGCGGCCACUGCGUACACAUACUAGUUAAAACAUCUCGAGGUUGCUGCAAGAUAGAACGCAAACCACAGUUAACCUAUGCGGAAACAUGCAGAGCAGCAUUUCAGAAUGGACCAAAAUGUGUGCGACCAUACGCCAUGGGAGCAAGCAUUUUUGCGGAAGUCGCAAUGCUUUUAACGUACGUGGGCGUCUGCUGCAUUUACACUAUCCUCAUAUCGGACUCUAUAAAACAGCUAAUUGACAGAUACGUACCGAGUUUUAACAUCUCAGUUGAAUAUUACUGCCUAAUCACAUUAAUUCCGAUCUGUCUGCUAUGCCAGAUAAAAUAUCUAAAAUGGCUGGCAGUAUUUUCACUAUUGGCGAACUUGUUUCUGUUUCUCACGUACCUGAUUUGUCUUUAUUACGUGUUUGGGGACGACAUUACGUUUUCGGACAAAAGAGCGGUGGGUGACCCUUCGAGAUUUCCCGCAUUUAUUUCGACUGUAAUCUUCGCCAUGGAGGGCAUAGGAGUGGUGAUGCCAGUUGAAAACGCCAUGAAGAAGCCACAGCAUUUCCUCGGAUUCCCGAGUGUGCUGGUGGUGGCAAUGGGCAUGAUCGUCUUUAUGUACAGCACUUUGGGUCUUUUCGGCUACUUGAGAUAUGGAGAUGUGUUAAGAGGGUCUAUCACUUUAAACCUUCCUAUCGAUGACUGGCCUGCAGUAUGUGCUAAAGUCUUCAUAGCGUUAUCAAUUUUUUUUACCUACCCUCUACAAUAUUUCGUGGUCUAUGACAUUUUCAAGAAAUACGCAGACCCCCACAUCAAAGACAAUUACCGUACUAUAACAGAAGUGUCAACUAGGACUGCUGGGGUUUGUCUAUGUGUGGGAAUCGGAAUUGCCUUGCCAUUGUUAGAGCAAAUUAUCAACAUUGUUGGCGCCUGCUUCUAUUCAAUUCUUGGUCUCAUAAUUCCAGGGAUUAUUGAGACUGUUUUCAAGUGGGAGAAUCUCGGAAAAGGAAACUGGGUUCUUUGGAAGAAUGCCCUCAUUGUCAUUUUUGGCUUAGGCAGUCUGGUUUCGGGUUGCACCGUCACCGUAAUGGAUAUCAUCAAAAUAAUGAACAACCAAACAGAUUGAUACGUACAGAAACUCUCGAUAAGCUUUAAAUUUUGAGAAUAUUUAAUUUAAUUUAUUGAAUAGAAUGAAAUUUUUAAGUAACUUACUAUUUAUUAAUAAAAGAGCAUUUAAUUUUGUA